UAUUCAGCAAACUUAAUUCGCAGCACUCGUUUUCCAGCUGCUAAUAGUACAACCUCUUCUCUUUGCUACAACUCACUUUUCAUUCACUUUAAGUCAUAUAUCUUCACUUGCUUUUUUCAAUCAAAGAAGCAAAUGGAAGAAUCUUCUUCAUCUUCACCCCCAUCCCCACUUCAACAACGGCUUCAAUACUUAGUUGAAAUCAGGCCUGAAUGGUGGAUCUAUUCCAUCUUCUGGCAAGCUUCCAAAGACAGCAAUGGCCGUGUUGCUUUGUCAUGGGGUGAUGGGUACUUUCGUGGCACUAGAGACUUUGUUUCCAAAGCAACAAGCAACAAAGAAGACCAAAGGAAUAUUUAUAAGGCCCUGACCAAAGGCAAGCAAGCUCUUUUCGAUGAAGAAAUGGACGUAGACAGACUUGUAGAAGGCCAUGUUACUGAGUCUGAUUGGUUUUACAUCGUCUCAGUGACGCGCACAUUUGGUCUACGUGAUUGUGUUCUUGGGCGUGCCUAUGGUACUGGUGGGUACAUUUGGCUGACAGGUGAUCAUGAGCUUCAAUACUAUGAGUGUGAUAGAGUUAAAGAAGCUCGUGGCCAUGGGGUUCAAACUUUGCUCUGUAUUGCAACUUCACGUGGGGUUGUAGAGCUUGGUUCCUCCGAUGUGAUCAAAGAAGAUUGGAGCUUGGUGCAAUUUGUGAAGACCCUUUUUGGUUGUGAAAGUACUUCUACAAGUACUGCCUUGGUCUCAAAGCAAGGCAAUAACCCUGAGGGUCAAGUACCAAUUGCAAUUAGCCGUGAUGUUUCAUUCCUAAAUAUUGGAAUGAAUUCAGUGACUCCGAAAGAAUGGAACUUUCAAGGGAAGCAAUCAGAUAGUGAUGCAAUGAAAGAAGGUGUUAGUCUUGGCCGUUCAUCAUCUGAUUCAGGAGAGCCUUCUGAUUCUGAUGGCCUUUUAGCCUUUGAAAGGACUGAGAAUAGGAUCAAGAAAAGAGGAAGAAAGCCAGUAAUUGGGAGAGAAAUCCCAAUAAACCAUGUUGAAGCGGAGAGGCAGCGCCGAGAGAAGCUUAAUAAUCGAUUCUAUGCACUCAGGUCAGUGGUUCCUAAUGUGUCAAAGAUGGACAAGGCUUCUUUACUUGCUGAUGCAGUGGUUUACAUCAAGGAGCUCAAGGUCAAGAUUGAUGAAUUGGAGGCCAAACUUAAAGCACAAUCCCAAAAGAUUAAAAUGAGUCUUGUGAAUGGUUUUUAUGACAAGCCAAACAUAACCACUAUUGGUGAUCAUAAUAGGGCAACAACAUCAUCAAGUUUUUCUGUUCCUUCGAUGGAAGUGGAGGUGCAGAUUGUUGGAUCGGAGGCCAUAAUCCGUGUACAAUGUCCCGACGUGAAUUUCCCAUCUGCGAAAUUGAUGAAUGCGCUUAGAGACCUUGAGUUAAGAGUUCAUUAUGCAAGUGUUUCAAGUGUGAAGGAGAUGAUGCUUCAAGUUGUAGUGGUUAAAGUUCAUAAUGGAUUUGCAAGUGGGGAGGCCAUGAGAAGUGCUAUUCUACAAAAAAUUCAGAUUUAGUUCUGUUAUCAUAUGAGGUUGAUCAUCCAACAUCACCUCCUAUUUUGUUUGCAAUUAAGAUAAGCUCAUGAUGGGGCUUAAUUUAUGAUGCUUUGCGAAGUUCAUAUUAAUAAUGAACUAGAGUUUAUAUUCUGUACUUUUUUUUUCCCCUUAAGUUUGUUUUUAGAUGGAGUGAAUAUUUGUA